CGUCCCUUCGAAGAGCCGCCGCCCCAGCAGCCGCCAGCAGUCGCUCGCAACCCGCGCGUUUUCUACGCUUCUUCACUGUGUGUGGUUCGGUUGCAGCACGUUCCGUCAGUGUAGUUCUGAGUGGUUCUCUUUUGUAAAUGCGAAAUAAUGGCUGCGGAUCAGGCUCAGUUUCACCAGCUGCUAAAUUCCCUGCUCUCGACCGACAACGAAGUGCGAACGCAGGCCGAGGAAACCUUUAACAGCCUACCAUGCGAGGGCAAGGUGACACACUUGCUGGGCGCGGUCCAGAACCCGCAAAUGACCGAGGAAGCCCGGAUGAUGGCAGCCGUCCUGCUGAGGCGAUUGUUCUCCGCUGAAUUCCAGGACUUUUACAACCCGCUGCCCCCAGAGUCGAAGGAACAGCUCAAGCAGCAGGUCCUGCUGACGCUACAACAGAACGAGAGCCCCAGCUUGCGUCGGAAGAUCUGCGAGGUGGUCGCCGAAGUGGCCCGCAAUCUUAUCGACGACGACGGCAACAACCAGUGGCCGGAGUUCCUGCAGUUCCUGUUCCAAUGUGCCAGCGCUCCGAAUGUCCAGCUCCAGGAAUCGGCGCUACGUAUCUUCUCGUCGGUGCCCGGAAUCUUCGGCAACCAGCAGAGCCAGCAUCUGCAGCUGAUCAAGCAGAUGUUGAUCAAAUACCUGGACCCAUCGUCCGAUCCGGAGGUUCGCUUCCAGGCCGUUCGUGCCGUGGGAGCAUUCAUCCUGUUGCACGAUAAGGAAGACGAUGUUCAAAGGCAGUUCAACGAUCUGUUGCCACGGGUGAUCAUGAUCACGGCCGAAAGUAUCGACCAGCAGGAUGACCAGACGCUGAUCAAGCUGCUGAUCGACAUGGCCGAAAGCGUUCCGAAAUACCUGCGUCCGCAGCUGGAGUCCAUUUUCGACAUGUGCAUGAAGGUUUUCAGCAGCCCGGACGUCGAGGAUAGCUGGCGCCACCUGGCCCUGGAAGUGAUGGUCUCUCUAUCGGAGAAUGCCCCAGCCAUGGUUCGCAAGCGUGCCGAAAAGUACGUCGCUUCGUUGAUUCCUCUGGUGCUGCAGAUGAUGACCGACCUGGAGGAUGACGAGGAAUGGUCCGUGUCGGAUGAGAUCUGCGAAGAUGACACCAGUGAUAACAACGUUAUCGCAGAAUCCGCGUUGGACCGUUUGGCUUGCGGUCUUGGAGGAAAGGCCGUUCUGCCGCACAUCGUCAACAACAUUCCAAACAUGUUGAGCAGCCCGGACUGGAAGCAACGGCAUGCUGCGUUGAUGGCCAUUUCCGCCGCCGGCGAAGGAUGUCACAAGCAGAUGGAGGCCAUGCUGGAGAACAUCAUGCAGGGAGUGCUGAAGUUCCUGAUGGACCCGCACCCGAGGGUUCGCUACGCUGCAUGUAACGCCAUCGGACAGAUGGCCACCGACUUUGCGCCUAUUUUCGAAAAGAAGUUCCACGAACAGGUCAUUCCGGGGCUGUUGAGCUUGCUGGAUGAUGUCCAGAACCCGCGGGUGCAGGCCCACGCCGGUGCCGCUUUGGUCAACUUCAGCGAGGAUUGCCCGAAGAAUAUCCUCACGCGGUACUUGGAUGGAAUCAUGGCUAAGCUGGAGCACAUCCUCACCACCAAGUUCAACGAAUUGGUUGAAAAGGGCACGAAGCUGGUGCUGGAACAGGUAGUGACCACGAUUGCUUCCGUUGCCGACACAACCGAGAAGGAUUUCGUUGGCUAUUACGAUCGGUUGAUGCCCUGCCUGAAGUACAUCAUCCAGAAUGGUAACACCGAGGAACUGCGGUUGCUUCGUGGAAAGACUAUCGAGUGUGUAUCGCUGAUCGGUUUGGCCGUCGGUGCGGAGAAGUUCAUGUCCGAUGCGUCGGAUGUGAUGGACAUGCUGCUGAAGACCCACACCGAAGGUGACCUGCCGGACGAUGACCCACAGACGUCCUAUCUGAUCUCGGCCUGGGCUCGGAUCUGCAAGAUUCUCGGCAAACAGUUCGAACAGUACUUGCCGUUGGUGAUGGGACCGGUAAUGCGGACUGCAUCCAUGAAACCGGAAGUGGCCCUGCUUGACAACGAUGAAGUUCAGGAUGUGGAAAGUGAUAACGAUUGGCAGUUUGUCAAUUUGGGUGAACAACAGAACUUUGGAAUUCGCACGGCCGGAUUGGAGGACAAGGCCUCGGCAUGUGAAAUGUUGGUCUGCUACGCCCGAGAACUGAAGGACGGAUUCGCCAAUUACGCCGAAGAAGUGGUUCGUCUUAUGGUACCGAUGUUGAAGUUCUACUUCCACGAUGGAGUUCGCACAGCCGCCGCCGAAUCGUUGCCAUACCUGCUGGACUGCGCCAAGAUCAAGGGACCGACCUACUUGGAAGGAAUGUGGCUCUACAUCUGCCCGGAACUGCUGAAAGCCAUCGAUUCCGAACCGGAACCGGACGUACAAGCCGAGCUUCUGCAUUCGCUGGCCAAAUGUAUCGAAACGCUAGGUGCUGCAUGUCUCUCGAAGGAAACCAUGGACGAAGUGCUCAAGAUCAUCGACAAAUUCAUGAACCUACAUUUCCAAAAGGAGGAAAAACGUGCCCUGGCCCGCAAGGAGGAAGACUACGACGAGGGAGUCGAGGAGCAGCUGGCCGAAGAGGACGAUGCCGACAUCUAUCUGCUGUCACGAAUCUCCGACAUUGUUCACUCGUUGUUCCUGAGCUACAAGGAUGGCUUCCUGCCGUAUUUCCAACAAGUCGUGCCACACUUUGUCAAACUGCUCGAUCCCGCCAGGACGUGGGCCGACCGGCAGUGGGGAUUGUGCAUAUUCGACGAUCUGAUCGAAUACAGUGGUCCCACGUGCGCUCAAUACCAAGCUUUCUUCAUGCAACCGAUGCUAGAAUAUGUAAAGGACCCACAACCGGAAGUCCGGCAAGCGGCAGUAUACGGAUGCGGAGUUUUAGCACAGUACGGCGGCGACCAGUUCUCGAUAUCGUGCGCUCAGGCCAUCCAGCUGCUGAUAGAAGUCAUCAUGAUGCCCGGCAGCCGCGAACCGGAAAAUGUGAACCCCACAGAGAAUGCCAUCUCCGCCGUGACCAAGAUACUGAAAUACAACAACAAGGCCAUCCCCAACCCGGACGAGAUCAUCGCACUUUGGUUCUCGUGGCUCCCAGUGGUGGAAGACGACGACGAAGCCAUCCACGUCUAUGGCUAUCUGUGUGAUCUGAUUCAGGCCAACCAUCCGGCGGUCCUGGGCGAGAACAAUUCCAACCUACCCCGCAUAGUGUCCAUCUUCGCCGAGGCGUUCUACCGCGAGGCAAUGUCCGUCGGCCAUCCGGAGUCGACCCGGAUGCUGGCCAUCGUGAAACAGAUCGAAUCCAGUCCGGACAUUUUCCAGGCGUGUAUAAACCAGCUGACGGCGGAACAGAAAACGGCCCUCGAGGAAGCGUACCGAACUGCGGCGGCUCAGUAAGUGGUGCUGCUGUGGCUGUGGAGGAACGAAAGCAAGAAUGGGACCGGUACGCGCGAGGACAAGAGUGAGAGAUCAGUUAGGACCAUCCCGGGGUGAUCCCGGGCGUGAGAGAUGACCAUGGACAGAGGAAGGGACGUUAAAUUGAUUUCUUUGAGUGUUUCUUUGAGUUUUGUCGCCGACCUCCUCUCAAACAGAGGCAACCAAUUACACGAACAGAAACUAAGAAAUAGGGAAUACAAUCGGCUUAUAUUGCUAACAACUACCACACACUUGGCAGCAACACGUCACGACACGAGAGAUUACACAACGCAUCCUAUAUUAACAUCUCCUUUCUAUGUCUCGGUAAAAGAUUGAGUUAAGAGAAUAUUAUAUAUACAAAAUAUAUAGCUGUUUCUCUGCAGUGCAUACUAGUGUAUUACCUAGAGUUAUAUUUUGCAAUUAUUUAAUCACACUUGUAAUCCUUUUUCUUUAAACAAAAAAGCUUGAUUAUAUAUUUACCUUUCGAUUGUUAGCAAUCUACAUCCAUCUGAGAGUGGAAAGCACAUUAGUUUUUUCGAGGAUCCCCUCCGAUGAGGUUCGAGUUCGCCUUCUCCGUCUUUUGAUGUUGUAUGUUCAAUAUUACUUUAAAUUUUCGCAUCAUCGCUACACGGAGGGCAUUCUCAAGUCGCUGGAUAAGCUACCCAAAUCGUGGUUAUGGGCCCAUUUUUCCUCACUGGGCAUCGUUUCCUUCGUUGUGAUCUUCAAACACCACGUCCGCCUACUAAGUGUAAUCAUGACGACGCCAUUUCUACGGGACGUGAUCAAUAACGUCGAAUUCUAUUGAAAGAGACCACAGCGCAUUACGCAAAGAGAUUUGAGUUUAUACCACUGUGAAAAAGUAUUGGCUCUCAACUAUGGCCACACCCCAGGCAGGUAUUCAGAAACAAAAGUACGGUUCUUCUUAGUUCCAUUUAGAAUGUACAUAUUAUUAUUGGAUAAUCUUCCGUGUAUAUCACGCAAAGAACCAACUGUCGUUGCAGCAGAACGAAACUAUUUUACGUUAUAGCGAAUUAGCGCUCGGACUCGGAACGCUGUUAUUUCCCAAGGAAACUACAAUACUAAAUCUGAUCGUCUGGCUGGCGUCGAUUUUUUUUCUAUGAAAAUUACCUCCCCAGUAAUGAGUAGCGCAGUGUUUUCCCGGUUCAGAAGCCAAACAGAGUAGUUGCAAUUUCUUCUUCAACCUACCUACCUACCUACCGCCACACUAAUCUAGUAGGCACCCACCCCACAGACCGAGAUGCUCCGUACAACAAGCUUGAUCGUCAUUCUUCGAUAGCAGCAGGCCUUGAUUUAUGUUGUAACCAGAGAUCGAAGAAGAAAAAGAAGAAGACGACGACGAGAGGAGGACUACUUCGAUCGAUAACAGAAACUUUCAAAUUUAAGCACAUUUUCCGUAUUCGAAACAGGCAACAGCAAAUCUGUAAUAUGAGAAUAAAAUGAUAUUCUAUUAUUGAAAAAAUGAA